AUGGCUGGCGGUCUCAUCUGUCCCACGACUGGACUGUCGAGAGACACAGGGCCACCAACCAGAGGCCACAGCCUGAGCCUGGGAAGCUGCAGGGCCCGAGGUUUAGGGCACAAGCUCACGGGCCGGGGAAGGAAGCAGCUGUGGGUGGGAGGGCUGAGGGCGGGGGCUUCACGUGGACGACGCAGCCCUCCAGCUGGGCUGUCCUGCGGCCCAGGAGCCCAGGCGGUCAUCACUGGGUCAGGCUCAGGCCAUCAGCGAGUCCUGGACUGCGCCCACGUGCAGCCCACGCACGGCACUGACGCAGCCUGCCGGUCCUCGUGGUUGGGGGGUGUCUCCUUUGGUUUCUGUUUGUCUGAGAAAGCAUAUGUCCCUUCACUUUUGAAGGAUAAUUUCACUGGAUUCUAA